UCACCGGUCGAGAUGGAGCAAGUCGCGGAUCGCGGAAAUUGGCGCUCUACGAUAAUAAGCAGGGCGGCGCUUUCGCUGACGAGUUGUUCAUCGUUGCUGCUUCUGGUGCUGAUCGGUGGAAAUUUUGUUGUAGUUGAAUCAGCCAGCAUCAAGUGCUUGAAUGGGGCAGGAAUUUGUGUAGCAGCAGCGCUUUGCGAUUCGACUGGCAAGGUCAAGUUGUACGGCGAAGGUCUAAUCGACACCAGAAGGGCAGGAAAUGACGCUGUAUGUCCAAGUGAUUUGGUGUGCUGCGAAAUGGUGAGCAAAGGGAACGAAUCGGACGUGUGUGAUGGGACCUGCGUUGAGCCAGGAAACUGUGAAGGAUCGCUGGAUGGAACAGGAUUCAUUGAUAUAAGAUUUUCCGAAGAAUGGUGUUCUGGUGGUCGGAUUUGUUGUAGGAAUUCAAGCGCGCAGUGUGAAGCUAAAUGUGUUCCUCAAGAUCAAUGUUUAGACGAAAUAGGAGGAACAAAUGUUCGUUUCUUGAAAGGGAGCUGUCCUACCGAACAGAUUUGUUGUGAAAAAGUUCAAAACGUGAAUGAGACAAACGGGCAAAAAUGUAACGGAACAUGUGUCCCCAUUGGUGAAUGCCCUAGUCGAGAUAGUUCAUCAGGAUUCGAUCUGAGAUUCGGUGAUAAUUUGUGCGCAGCAAAUAAAGUUUGUUGUUAUGAUUCAAAGUCAAUGACCACAGAAAUGCCAUUAGUUGAUUCAGAAUGUCAGGGUAAAUGUGUAUUGCCGCAGUUUUGCAAGAAUUUUCGCAAUUUGAGUGACUCAUAUUCUGUUGAUCUAAGAUUGCAAGGUAGUUGUCCUCCAGGUCAAGUUUGUUGUGAGUCAACUUCAGAGCAGUCCUGCAAUGGAGUUUGUAGCCUAGUUGAGCAAUGUGAAGAUGAUCUCAAUGAAAUCGAUCUCCGUCUUUCGCAAAACGGCUGCCCCAGCCCUCAGAUAUGCUGUAGUAAACUUAAGCCCAGUAGUUCGUGUGAAGGACAGUGUGUUCCCGCAAAACAGUGUCUUGAUCCGGCAAAUGGAAUAGAUCUUCGAGCAUCCAACAGUAGAUGCCCGGAUAAUCAAGUGUGUUGUAAAAAUGUUGCCUUCCCACCAGAAUCAACCUGUCGAGAAAAGUGUGUUCUGCCUAGUGAGUGCGAUGAUAACGGCAUUGAUCUGAGAUUCUCAACCGCCAGCUGUCCUCGGAUGAAGGUAUGCUGCAAAAAUGUUAAGCAGGGAUCCUGUGAUGGAGUGUGUACACACUUGGACCAAUGCCUGCGUCAAACUUCUGGGAAAAGCCUAAUCGAUCUGCGGUUCGGGGAAGGAGAUUGCCCUGGCAGUAUGGUGUGCUGCAAAAAUCUACUCGCAACUUCCAAAUGCAGGGGAACGUGCAUUCAACCUUACAACUGCCUCGAUAAUUUUCUUGGGUUCGACUUACGAGCUUCCAACGACGAAUGUAAUAUAAAUCAAGUUUGUUGCAUGAAAGUGAGGAAACCUCCCAUCUAUGAUAUGGUUAAUAUUUCGGCAAAUUGUGAUGGAAAAUGCGUCCCUUUGGCCAGGUGUCCGCAAUACUUUUCGGAAAUAGGUCUCAUAGAUUUAAGAACGCUAAACAGUAACUGCCCCUUCAAUGAAGUAUGCUGUAAAACACCUCAAACGGAGCCAUAUUGCAAGGGAACUUGCACCGCCUACGAAAAUUGUGCAGAUUCAUAUUCGUAUGACAUCAAUCUGAGAUUUUUAAAUCCAAUAUGUCCACUCAAUCAAAUAUGCUGCCGCAAAACCAAAACUGUGAACACAUGCAGAGGAAAAUGUGUUGAGGCCUAUCAUUGCCCCUACUUCAUAUCGAAUAACGAUCUGAUAAAUCUAAGAAACAACGACGCAAGCUGCCCUGGAAAUCAAAUAUGUUGCACGCCCCCCGGUGAGCCAAGCUUCGACACAUGUGAAGGGGCUUGUGUUCCAUUAGGGCAAUGUCCCCAAGGUCAACUGGAUUUGCGAGUAUCCAAACAAUCUUGUCCCGACAAUAAUGUAUGUUGCGCAACAAACCCAGAACCAUCUAAAUGCUCAGGCCAAUGUGUGCCAUCGAAUCAAUGCCGUGAUACCGGGACAUUUGAUCUCCGAUUCAUCACCGGAAAUUGCCCGUCCAAUCUCGUAUGCUGCGCUUCUCCCUCGUCACCUGGAACUGACCCACCAACAGUAGCUCCCGAUAUGGGCAAAACAGACCCAACCCCAACAGCCGAGGACGAUUCAAAAUGCUACUGGACCGGUGAUCCCAACUCGGAUGUGGUCGUUAAGUCGGACAUUCCAUGGCUGGUGACGGUUUGGACUCGUCAGGAACUUUUCGGUGUGUCCCGAAAUCAGUACGAGUGCGUCGGGACGCUGCUCGAAAGAGACGUUAUACUCACCUCGGCCGACUGCGUAGCUAAUCUCAACACGGUGCUCACCUUUGUCCGGAUUGGGGACUACAACUUGAGACCGUUCAACACGCUUUCCAAACGAAGGGAGUACACUGUUGAGAAAAUAACGACUCAUCCAGAUUACGACAGUGCCACUGGUUAUGGAAAUGUUGCGUUGCUGAGGCUCAACAAAAAUUCCUCCAUCAGCUUAACGAUAUGUUUAACGCAGCGACCGCCCCAAGCCGCAGAACUCCCUGCUGACUGCUUCCUUAUUGGAUGGAGUAAACAAGUUAUCGAAGAUGAUGACAAUCCGCAGUCGGUCCCGGAGAAGCAUCGUCUUUCGGUGCAACAAACAUCCGGAUGUCCUCGGGACAUGAUUUGCGCUGCCAAGACUGGAUCCAGCGACAGAUGUGAUAACUUUCAAGGAUCUCCCAUCAUCUGUUCCGAAAAUGGCGGCCAAAUUUGGAAACAAUUUGGCGUUGCUUCCAAGAGUAGCAGAAAGUGCGAUGAAAAUUUAGUUCCCAACGAAGUCACGCCUAUCGGUUUGUAUGAGAUGUGGAUUAGAGAACAGAUUAGACCUAGUUUCGAACAAGUGACUAAGUCACCUGAACCAUCCCGAUGGUAUCUUCCUGCCGAAAUGUAACAAGCUCUCUAUACUAGCGUUAAGAAUCUAGUUUUAAGAAUGUGAUAAAACUAUUUAUUGCUCUCUUUCUGCUUUAAUAAAUGAACCAAAUAUUUUCAAAUGUAGUUUAUUUUCACAUUUGAUUGAGUAAUUUCCUGAUUUAGGAGUUGAAAGUUCAUAUUUCCGGAUCGCAAUUAAUUCCUCGAAAGUCUAUGAUCUUGAUUCAUUGAUACU